CAAUUUUUUAAACAUUAUACUAUAUCUUAAAACAAUGGUUAUUUUUGCAGAUGCAAAUAGAUUCUAUACAUUGUAGUUAAUACAAAUGAGAUGGUUCACCCCAUCACAAACACAAUUUACAAAUCCAGGCUAUUAUAGGAUACAUCUGAGAGUUUAAUCAAUUCUCCAAUGUCAAACAAUUUAUACAUCAGGGCCCCUUUUCAAUACUUCAGGCCCUGAACAUGGACCCCACACCUCGUGUGCAAGCCAUCCAAUAAUUGGCAAGAUCACCCCAACGUGUGACCAAAUUGCAAUGUUUGCCCGCAGUUGUCAAGCCGAGAAAAUAAAUUGCUGAAAAGAAUAGACAAGCUUUUAUUUCGUGCAGGCAAUACUUGACAUCUGACCUGCUGAUAACACACAAAUGGGAGUUAUAGUUUACUUGGAGAGGUGGCGUCCUACUGAUGUUCAAAUACAGGCACAGGAAGAAUCUGGCACAGAACUCGCCAACAUGACAUACUACAUCCCUGCAGGAGUCCCUCCAGACUAUCACACAGGGGAUGACUGGAGACUCACAGAUGCCUGCAGACUUGGAGACAUGGCCAGAGUCACACAGCUUUUGGAGUCUGGAGUAAACCCAAACUGUUCUGACCAACAUGGCAACACUCCCCUACACUAUGCAGCCUCAGGCGGCCAUUACAAUAUAGGGUUAACUCUACUAAACAGACAGGCAGAUAUCAAUGCCAUCAACAAGAAUGGCCAAAAUGCUCUCCACCUAUCAAGUAGCCAUGGACACCACACUGUGGUCAAACUGCUACUGGACAAUAACUGCAAACGGAAGGAAACUACACUGUAUAGUGGCAUGACGGCACUUCACCUGGCUAGCAAGAAUGGCUAUGCAGAAGUGGUAAAAUUGCUCCUGGAGGCUGGGGUAGAUGAUGUGAUACUUGAUAUGGUUAAGAAGUCAGCAGAAUUUUAUGCAGCCACUGAAGAAGUGCGUGCAUUGUUUAGGAACCACAGGGCUGACAUCUAUAGUCCAGAAAAUAAUAACAACGAUGAUAACAACGAGAAGAUGAAUGAACUUGUUGAACUGGAGUUAAAACAAAAUGUCGUUAUUUCAACUGAGCCUGAACAUUCAUUCAAAGAUUGUGGCAAUAAUGAAGAUGAAAUGGUAACCAGUACGGACAAUGCCCAAAAUGUUGUCAGCAGCCUGAUCACUACUGCUGAAAAUGAUAGCAGAACUGAUGAACGUCCAACUGAGAAGAAAGGAAGAGCAUACAAAUCAGAUAAACAGAAUAACAAUGGGGGUAGGACAGCUGGUUUCAAAGACAGGACUGAGCACAAGAGCAAGAACUUUGUAACCAAUCAAAAGAUGGAGUUUUCUGAGGAGUACAAAGCCAAGAUGAGGCUUAGUGUGUUUGACAGGCUAAACAAGAAAUAAAAUUGUGGAGCUGAAACAAAAAUAUUCAAUUUUCCUCAUCAAAUUUUCAAUAGAACCCACAGAUGGCUAUGCAGUAUUCAAGUCCCAUUAUUCCAACUUGACGCGACAAACAGACAUCAGUGAAUGAACUAUAUAAAAUUAUAAUGCUUCAAACGCAUUUCAGAUUUGCCAACCGUGCAUUAAAAUGCAAAUUCUCUCAUCUUUUUCACAGCAAUUCCCUUUGUGUUUAGGAGAAAAACUAUUGUUUCUUAUAUGUCUAACAACACAUUUACACAUUUAAAAUACUGUAAUGAUGCUCACCCUAAUU